UGUGAAUUGAACGCUCCUGGUUACUUGAGUAUGGCAAAGAAGAACUACUUCACUGACGCUUGUAGCUGUCUUCGCGAUCAAAUUAUGCUCUAUCCUUCUCCCGUCAAUUUGCUUCGCGACCGACUUCUCAUCUGCUUCACGUCCCAGAUCUUCAAUUCUACCCACCUGCUGGCUGACAUCAUCAUCAUCGUCAUCAUCAUCACAGCAUGAACAUGGACCUCAUCAACAAAAUGAUUCUUUGUCCUGAACCGACUCUCCCACCGACCGCCGCAAACUACGAGCCUCAGCCCCGACACCAAACGGCUUACUUCUUGUAUUUGAAAAGCAUCAACCCCAAAAGUACGCAAGAAAGACAACACGAGAUACACCCAGACAAAGAAAUGGACCCAAGGUUUUGGUCUGGAGGCAUGGGCAUGGGGGGAGGAAUGGGAUGGGGUAUGGGAGGCGGCAUUGGCAUGGGAAGAGGUAUGGGCAUACCAAAUAUGCAACAGCCGUUUCAUCCACCGCAGGGCUUUCAGAACCCGAAUUCGCCUCUCUACCAGCAACAACAGCGACAACAAGCACAAGCGCAGCAACAACAGCAAGCUUCUGAGCCCCCAGUAGCAAGCUCACCACCACCGAAAGAUUCCAAACACCCCCGCUUCGUCAACCCCUUCAAGGAAGAGAAGCCGCAAGGGUCUUACGGUAAGCGCGAGUACGUACCUGGGCAGGAGGCGAUACGUAUUCCAUUUGGGCAUCGAGGUGACGAUCCGUGGAUUAACUGGCAUAUGAUGCAGGCAAGGAGACAAUUGCAAGGGGGGAGGAGAAAUUGGUAA